AUGGCUUCCAAUUUCUCCAGCAUCCCCGUUGUUGACUUCGCUUUCAUCUCCGACGAAGCAAAGCGACCAGAGUUCAUCGCACACCUUCGCCAUGCGCUGAUCAACGUCGGCUUUUUAUACCUCAAGAAUCACACCGUUUCUAAGGAGCUCAUCGAUCGUCUCGUUAACUACAUUCCCCGCUUAUUCGACCUCCCUCAGCAUGCAAAGGAGAAGAUCGUUAUGGCUAACUCCCCGCACUUCUUGGGGUACUCACGACUUGGUGCAGAGUUCACCAAGGGAAAGACAGACUAUCGGGAGCAGUUUGACUUUGCCACCCCUCACGAAACUCAGUGGCGGCCAGGUGCUCCUAGAUGGCCAGACGAGGACCUUAUCCCCGGCUUUCGCCGGGUCAUGGAAGAUUACUUAUUGCAAGUGCAGGCUCUAAGUUACUAUUUCAUAAGCUUGCUAGCAGAGGCCUUUGGGCUUCCCUCCGACGCGCUUGCCAAGUUCUAUGACUCAGCCGAGUGCAUGCAGCACAGGGGAAAGGGACGGUCAACCAAUAACGGCUCACUUACCGAUCAAGGAGUAGGUCCUCACUACGACGCCGGGUUUUUGACUUUCCUUCUCCAAGCUUCUCCACAUCCAGGUCUCCAAGUUCAGAACCUUACUGGGGAUUGGAUUGAUGUACCACCUAUUCCCGGUACGUUUGUGGUCAAUAUCGGAAAAGCACUCGAGUUUGUUACUCAGGGGUUGGCGAGAGCAACCUCUCAUCGUGUACUGUCUCCGCCAGUCGGAUCAACACCAAGAUAUUCCGUUCCAUUUUUCCAGAACAUCAGUUUGAAUAUAAGGCUUGCUGACGAAGUUCUCGAUUUUCCACCUGAGAUCUUAAAGUUUAAAGACUUGCGUGGGAAUCCUGCCCAGACUGAUUCUGUGAACUUUGCUGAGUUCGACCAGGAGCCUUCAGGGAAGGUCAACUUGAUUGGAAGAGUCAAGAGUCAUCCUGAUGUUGCUGAACGCCAUUACCCGAACCUCUUCGAGCAAUACUUCCCCAAUGGCUUGCCAAAACAGGUCAACGCAUACUGAUGGGUUUAAGUUGUGUGCUUCAAGCCGCGUUGCCAGUGUCGCGCAGGACACGGAUGUGUAGAACGACUCAUACAAAUAUCACUAUACGCGGAGCCCAGACCAGGAUCGUCACAAGCGGAAUGGUUGUGCGUGAGAUUUGAAUUCAAUUGAUGUUGUAUAUCUGAGUGCCUCAAAUGAUGAUGAUCGGCUGUCGUACUGUUCGUUUGCACAGGUACUAGUAACGCUGAUAGUGACAAUGCUGGGAGGCAUGGCACAGUUGGAAAUGUAUAUGAUUGAAAUAUUGAAGUGUUUGCUUGUGGGCUAUCGAG